UAUUGUAACGUGUACUGUGAGCCUAUACGUAACCUGCCCCCAAAUGAUGAAUGUGAUUCGUGCUUGGGGUGACGUGACUCGGAUGGUGGAAAAUUUUGCCUCCGCGAAUUUCAGUUUGCUGGCAGUGUGUAAAUUGAUCGUUACCUGGUAUUAUGGCGAAACACUGCGGCCGCUGAUGGCAUCGAUCAUGACCGAUUGGAUGACUUCGAACGUUUGGGAACGAAAUACUAUGUUGAAGAUUGCGAGACAUGGCAGAAGCUUGACCAUAAGAUGUUGCAUGGCCGCGAUGGGCACAGUUGUAUUUUACCUUUCUUUCCACUUGCUGAGAUUUUUUACAAAUAUACACCAGCCUCGACGGCACCUCGUCUACCGAUUGGAAAACAUUCAAAAGAGGCCGGCCUACGAAAUCACCUUUUUUAUUCAACUUUCUGGCGGAACAUAUUCAGUUCUCGCUAAUUACGCCAUUGACAGCUUUGUCUCGAUACUCGUGCUGCAUGUGUGCGCGCAACUGAUUAAUCUGCAGACGACACUGAACAAUCUGGUCGAUGAAUUGGCCAGCAAAUCUAUAUCUUCCUCGGGAUUUAGGAAAGGUUUAGCUGCGAUCGCUGAACGACACGAGCAUCUCAUCGGGAAUGUGAAGACAAUCGACGGCUGUUAUAGCUCAGUGUUAUUUGUGUAUAUGUUAGCUGCUACUUUUCAGAUGUGUGUUAUAACUUUUCAGGUUUUUACAAUAAUAUCAGAUAAUUUGAAAAUGCCUGUAGUCAGAAUGAUUUUUCUCUCAUUUUACAUCGCCACUGUGUUGAUGAAUAUGUAUUCAUACUGCUACUCAGCUGAAAGACUAAUGAUAGAGAGCACCAAGAUGUCGUACAGCGUGUAUGAAUGCAAAUGGUAUGACCUAUCGUCGAAAGAUGCAAAGAAUUUAAUGUUUAUUAUAUAUCGAUCUACGAUUCCUCUUAAAUUAACGGCUGGAAAAUUCGGAAUCUUUUCUUUGCAGAUGUUUGGAAUGGCUCUGAAAACAUCAAUGGGAUAUUUAUCUGCAUUACUAACAAUAAAAGAUUAGAGAAAAUGAUACUGAUGGGAUGGAACAAGUUAAUUUCAUCACUACAAUAUCAAUUUUUUAAUAUGAAAU